UGGUGGGGAAUGUAUGAACCUAGAAAAUAUUUAUAGGAAUGGUUCUGUUGAAUGGAGUAGUCGAUAUUCUUGUGCUCCCAAUAUGGAAUUGAAAAUGUCUAAGAAGAUUGUUCCUAGUAACUACGCUACAAAUUUUAAGAAGUUGUUAGGAAUUGGCAUUCUUGAUGGAGCCCGAGUUAAGUAUAUUUCUAUCUCGAUGGAGAGAGUACUGGAUGGAAUUUUUCGUAAGGGUGGAUAUUUGUGUGGAUGCUCAUUUUGUAAUCUCUCCAAAGUGCGGAGUGCCUAUGAGUUUGAGCAGCAUGCUGGUGCCAAAACUAGGCAUCCAAAUAAUCACAUAAACUUGGAGAAUGGGAAGUCAAUAUAUAAUAUUAUUCAAGAACUAAAGACUGCUCCGCUCAGCAUUCUGGAUGAAGUGAUCAAAGACGUUGCUGGUACAUCCAUAAAUGAGGAAUCCUUUCAGGAUUGGAAAGCCAAAGUCGUAAGAGAUAGAGCAACUGGAAGAUUGGUUUUGUUGGAAGAAAUGAAUGCCAAGUUCUUGCAUGGAUGGGUUAUUUUUGUAGACCCUGCCAAACCAAGGGAAAUCAGACCUCCACUGGGAUUUGAAUCAGGGUCUUCCGGAGAUGGUUUCAGAACAAACAAAAAGGUCUGAUGGUGCGGGUAGUUGAGUUAAACAAAGGUGGAGCCAUGGAGAGAAUUAUUUGAAGGCUAUUUGGGAUGGGGAAACCUGUCAAAAUUUUUUGUACUAAACACAUUCGUAUUCAUCAUUGGGCCUGUUAAAUGUGUAUUGUGCCGAAGUUCAAUUGAUACUUUGAACCAUCAAACUCGCCACAGAUUUUUACUUAUUGGAUCUCUUUUUUUUUUUUAUUUAGUACUUAUUCCUUUAUGCUUUCGACCACUUGAAUUGGGCUUGGGUGAGCAAACAAUAAAAAAGGCAACUCGGCCCAAAACCAGAUAAGUUCGGGUUAAUAAAACAAGUUUAUUACCAAUACUAACGCAAUUAUUAGUGAAAGAACGGCGUGGAUUCCACGUGAAAAAAUUUAUUCCGUCGGGCCGCCACUCAACUCCGCCGCCGCCGCCCAUAAACCCUCAUUAAAUCUCUCUCGUUUUCUUCCAUUUCUUCUCUCCGUUUUCAAACCCCCUCCAAAAAUU